GACGUUGAUAUAUGCAGUGUUGGGGCCUCAUGAGUAUAUAAGCAAGAUGAAUGAACCAGUACCUCGCUUUCCUCCAGACUCUUUGUUUAGUCACUCACGAGGACUUUUCCUUAAUUUGAGACUUGCUCUUCUCAUCCUUAAACUUAGCUUUCCAACAUGAGGGAAUGUAUCAGUGUCCACGUCGGCCAGGCCGGAGUCCAGAUGGGCAAUGCCUGCUGGGAGUUGUACUGUCUGGAACAUGGAAUCCAGCCGGACGGUCAAAUGCCCAGUGACAAGACCAUUGGAGGAGGAGACGACUCUUUCAACACCUUCUUCAGUGAGACUGGGGCAGGCAAACACGUCCCCAGGGCUGUAUUUGUUGACCUAGAGCCAACAGUUGUAGAUGAAGUACGUACCGGCACCUACCGCCAACUUUUCCAUCCAGAACAACUUGUGACAGGCAAGGAAGAUGCAGCCAACAACUAUGCCCGUGGACACUACACCAUCGGGAAGGAGAUCGUGGACUUGGUCCUGGACAGAAUCCGUAAGCUGGCUGACCAGUGCACAGGACUUCAGGGAUUCCUCAUCUUCCACAGUUUUGGUGGAGGAACUGGAUCCGGAUUCACAUCUCUGCUCAUGGAACGUCUCAGCGUGGACUAUGGAAAGAAAUCCAAACUAGAGUUCUCCAUCUACCCCGCUCCUCAAGUUUCCACCGCUGUAGUAGAGCCCUACAACUCCAUUCUGACCACCCACACUACCCUGGAGCACUCGGACUGCGCCUUCAUGGUGGACAAUGAAGCCAUCUACGACAUUUGUCGCCGUAACCUGGACAUUGAGCGCCCAACCUACACCAACCUGAACCGUCUGAUUGGUCAGAUUGUGAGCUCCAUCACCGCCUCCCUCCGAUUUGACGGUGCCCUCAAUGUGGACUUGACCGAGUUCCAGACCAACUUGGUGCCCUACCCUCGUAUCCACUUCCCUCUUGCUACCUAUGCCCCUGUCAUCUCUGCAGAAAAAGCCUACCAUGAACAACUGUCUGUAGCUGAGAUCACCAAUGCCUGCUUUGAACCAGCCAACCAACUCGUCAAAUGCGACCCUCGUCAUGGCAAGUACAUGGCUUGCUGCAUGUUAUACAGAGGAGACGUUGUCCCCAAGGACGUCAAUGCUGCCAUUGCCACAAUCAAGACCAAGCGUACUAUCCAGUUUGUGGACUGGUGUCCCACUGGAUUCAAGGUUGGCAUCAACUACCAGCCACCCACCGUGGUUCCUGGUGGUGACCUGGCCAAGGUCCAGCGUGCCGUGUGCAUGUUGAGCAACACCACCGCCAUCGCCGAGGCCUGGGCUCGUCUGGAUCACAAGUUUGACCUAAUGUAUGCCAAGCGAGCCUUCGUUCAUUGGUACGUGGGAGAGGGUAUGGAGGAAGGUGAAUUCUCCGAGGCCCGUGAAGAUCUGGCUGCCCUGGAGAAGGACUACGAGGAAGUGGGCGUCGACUCCGUGGAGGGGGCAGAGGAUGAGGAAGGAGAAGAGUAUUAAACUGCUUGUUUCUGAUGAGAUUAAAAUUCCUUUGUUAGGGAGUCGUUUAUUUUCAGCUAUAUUAGCUUUUGCUCAUCAUUAGAAAUUGGACCAUGACGAUCUAAAUCUCUCAAAAAGUGAAUUAAAAUUAAUAAAAGCAUUAAAUCUUCAAAACAAAUGAAAUUCUGCUGAUUAUAAUAAAUUACUGAAAUUCA